AUGGUGCAUGAGACUGAACCUGAAUUUCCUAUGGAAAUUUCUGAACGGUUGAUAGAGCUCGCGGAGGAAUAUAAGGAUGGCGUUUUCACCGAGAAGGGCUAUGUGAUGAAAAAGCUUAAGCUUUUAAAACCGUUGUUGGCCAACUCGGUACAAGAAAAGAUUCAGAAAGCUCAAGACGAUUACAAAGAAGGAAAGGCAACCGAAGAGCAGCUCAUAGACCAGCUGAAAGAGCUCCUCUCUAAGAUUGGUCACAGAGCUAGCAAUGGAUGUGGUGCAGUUCCAUUAUCUCCUGCAUCAUGUAGUGAUGGUCAACACAGCUUAAUGUCAUCUGUGAAAGAAGAACCAAUGGAGACAGAAGAUGCAGCCUCCAGAAAUAGUCUAUCAAACGGAACAAGUAGUAAUGACAACACUGAUUCUGGUGCCUCAGGAACAAACUCUAAUGAGAUUAUGCAGACUGAUGACUCAGAUGAUAAACCACUUAUUGACUCAACUGCAGGGGCAUCAAAUGGCAAUUCAAAGGAAGGCCACAUUGAAAAUGAAGCUCAGACAGCCUCAUUAUCCACCAGCAAAGGAGGGUCAUCUUUGCUGUUAGAGAAAACCUCUCCUGACUCUGAGGACAAGAUAAAAACCAAACUGAGAAAAGAGACUGGCAGGCAACUGGGUAUUAGAGAGAUGUUUGCUAAAGGGCCUGUUAAAAGAAAGAAUACAGCAGAUGACAGUGAAGAUGCUGGUGAGACCAGUGAAGAUUCACUAAACAGCAUCAUUAGCAAAGAUAACAAACGUCUUAAAGUGACAGAGGAUGAAAACACUGAUAAAAAAGAAAAAGAAUUGUCAGAAACAGAAACAGGAACAGAAAGGCAAGACUAUCAGCUAAGAGAAUCCUCUGCAGGAGCAAAAUGUGAAGGGGAAAAAACACAGACUCCUGUCAAGUGUAAGGAAUGCAAGCAACUUCUGGACAGUCCUGACUUAAGACUUUUCCUUGGUGACUGUGAUGAUGCUGUGGAAGAAUUUGUUGCCUUAACUGAUCCACGUUUGUCUCUGUUCUCUGGUGAAGAGGAACAAUUUGACAGCUAUAACGAUAGACCACAACACAAAAUAACAAAUUUCAGCAUUUAUGACAAGAACACUCACCUGUGCCCUUUUGACUCUGGCUUGAUAGAGAAAAAUAUAGAACUAUUCUUCAGUGGAUACCUUAAACCAAUCUAUGAUGAAAAUCCAAGUCCAGAAGGUGGAGUUCCAACAAAAGCUUUAGGGCCGAUCAAUGAAUGGUGGACAACAGGAUUUGAUGGAGGGGAGAAUGCUCUCAUUGGUUUUACUACAGCCUUUGCAGAGUACAUAUUGAUGCAGGCAUCUGAGGAAUAUAUGCCCUUUAUGAACCUCAUGAGAGAGAAGAUUGCUAUGAGUAAGAUUGUCAUUGAAUUUAUACAAGAUAAUCCAGAGGCAAGGUACGAGGACUUGCUGAAUAAAGUACAGACUUCUGUGCCUCCAGAAAACUGUUCCACUUUUACUGAAGAUACACUGUUGAGACAUGCCCAGUUCCUUGUUGAACAGGUGGAAAGUUAUGACCAAGCAGCUGAUGAUGAUGAGCUCCCACUGUUGGUGACACCAUGCAUGAGGGCUCUCAUCAAGCUGGCAGGAGUUACACUUGGAAAAAGACGUGCUGCAAGGGGAGUGAAAGUCCGACUAGACAAGAAGAAGAAAGAUACAGGUCCUUCAAAAGCCACCACUACACCCCUGGUGCGGAACAUAUUUGACAUUUUCUUCCAAGAUCAAAUCGAUGGUAAAGAAACAAGAACAUCUCGUAGGAAGCGAUGUGGUGUUUGUGAGGUGUGCCAGCAGCCAGACUGUGGAAAGUGUAAAUCCUGCAGGGACAUGGUCAAGUUUGGUGGAACUGGCAGAAAGAAACAGUGCUGUGAAGAAAGAAGGUGCCCUAACUUGGCUGUUGAAGAAGCUGAGGAUGAUGAAGAUGUCACAGAGGAGAGUGAAGAAAAUGUGAAAAUGAGUCCUAACAAGGAUAUGGUGAAGAAGAAAAAAACAACACAUAAAACUGCAAAAUCAAAGAAAGGGAUUAAUGAGACCAAAGUUGAAUGGAUAGGAGAUCCUGCUAAAGUCAAUGGAAAGAAGAAAUACUACUCAUCAGUUCUUAUCAACAGCCAAGAGGUACAAGUGGGAGAUUUUGUGAAGGUACGCCCUGAGGAUCCUCACAUGCCACUUUUUAUUUCCUGUGUGUGCUACAUGUGGGAGGCGGCAAAUGGUGACAAGAUGUUUCACUGCAGAUGGUUCAGCCGUGGCUCAGAAACUAUUUUGGGUGAAACAAGUGAUUCUAAGGAGCUUUUUCUUGUGGAUGAAUGCGAUGACAACCCUCUUGGUUCCAUUGUACAGAAAUGUGUUGUGACGCAGAAGUUGCCAGAAGCUGAUUGGUUCCAGAGGGGCGGACUUGAAGAGCGGGAAGCUGACAGCAUGAUGGAAGAGGACGAUGGGAACACAUUUUUCUAUCAGAAAUGGUAUGAUUCUGAACAUGGUCGAUUCACAGAUCCCCCCUCGGAAUACACUGCUGCUUUAGAUAGGAAAGAAAAUCAUAAAUUUUGUGAGAGCUGUAAGCGACAGACAGCACAAAAGCAGCUAGAAACACCAACAGUGGAGGAACCACUGGAAAAAGAAUCAAAAUCUUCCUCUAAAACGUAUUACAAAUCGUGCAACAUAAACGGCGUGCAGUACAAGCUAGGAGAUUGUGUUUUCCUCACGCCUGAAGCAUUUUCAUUCAAUGUCAAGCCGAAAGAGACGAAGAAAGGCUUCAAGAAGAACGAAAAGGUGGACGAAGAGGUUUAUCCUGAAUAUUACAGGAAACCCAAUGAGUAUGUGAAAGGAAGUAACUAUGAUGUACCACAACCAUUUGAAAUAGGUCGCAUUGUAAACAUCUUUACAAAAUCAAGUUCAGGGAAGUUAACAGAAGAACUUGAUAUUAUGUUGACUGUUAAUAAAUUUUACAGGCCAGAGAAUACUCACAAGGGAUCAAGUUUUGGCCACCAAGCAAAUCUGAAUUUAUUAUAUUGGAGCAAAGAAGAGGCAACUAUUUCCAUCGAUGACGUCACAGGCGGGUGCGUGGUUACUUGUGGAGAGGAUCUUAACUGUUCAGUUGAAGAAUAUACAGCCAAAGGAAUUAACUAUUUUUACUUCUUAGAGGCGUAUAACAGUGAAACAAAAGAGUUUGAAGAGCCUCCAAUCGCGGCGCGUAAUGCUGCAAUGAAAGGAAAGGGUAAAGGCAAGGGGAAAGGUAAAGGAAAAGGGAAGGCUUCUGCUGAAACAGAUAAUCAGAGCUCAAAGAAAGAUUUUAAUGGUACAGCGAAUGAAACAGUCGCUAAACUGCGGUGUCUUGAUGUUUUUGCCGGCUGCGGCGGUCUGUCAGAGGGUCUUCAUGAAGCAGGCGUGGCUGAGUCCUGUUGGGCCAUUGAGAAGGAGGAGCCUGCAGCAAGCGCCUUCAGUUUGAACAAUCCCGGAUGUACUGUGUUCACUGAUGACUGUAACUCUCUUUUGAAGCUUGUGAUGGAUGGUGAAAAGAAGAAUCCAAAAGGACAGACACUACCCCAGAAGGGAGAUGUAGAGCUGUUGUGCGGCGGCCCCCCCUGCCAAGGAUUCAGUGGAAUGAACCGUUUCAGUUCAAGAGACUACUCCAAAUUUAAGAAUUCUCUGGUGGCAUCUUACCUCAGUUACUGUGAUUACUACCGGCCGAAGUUUUUCAUUUUGGAAAAUGUUCGCAACUUUGUGUCAUUCAAGCGAAGCAUGGUGCUGAAAUUAACUCUACGAUGCCUUCUUAAGAUGGGAUAUCAGUGUACAUUUGGUGUCCUACAGGCUGGUUGUUAUGGCGUUCCACAGACUAGGCGGAGGGCCAUUAUUAUGGCAGCUGCUCCAGGUGAAGUGUUACCGCUGUACCCUGAGCCGACACACUGCUUUUCUCCUCGGGCCAUUCAACUCACGGUCAUGGUGGACGAUAAGAAAUUCCAAUCGAACAUUACUCGGCUAUCGUCGGCUCCCUACCGAACAAUCACUGUACGGGACGCCAUGUCAGAUCUUCCGGAGAUAAGGAAUGGCGCGUCUAAUGAUGAGAUCUCUUACAAUGGCGAUUCGAUUUCUCAUUUUCAAAGACAAAUGCGCGGCCGUCAAGACCAGCCAGUUCUUCGAGAUCACAUUUGUAAGGAAAUGAAUCCUCUAGUUGCUGCACGCAUGCGUCACAUUCCUACUGCCCCAGGAUCAGACUGGAGAGAUUUGCCGAAUAAUAUCGUCCGUCUGUCCGACGGUACUUACACCAGCAAACUAGCUUAUACGCACGAUGACAAGAAAAACGGUCGGUCAUCCAACGAUGAAUUACGAGGAGUUUGUUCGUGCGCAGAGCGCAAGCCAUGUGACCCGGCUGACCGUCAGGUCAACACUCUUAUACCAUGGUGUCUUCCACAUACGGGAAACCGCCAUAAUCACUGGGCGGGGCUGUACGGUAGACUGGAGUGGGACGGGUACUUCAGUACAACCAUCACGAAUCCUGAGCCCAUGGGAAAGCAGGGCCGAGUCCUUCAUCCACAGCAACACAGAGUUGUCAGUGUGAGAGAAUGUGCUAGGUCCCAGGGAUUCCCCGACGCUUAUCGAUUCUAUGGAAGCAUCAUCGACAAACAUCGACAGGUCGGAAAUGCGGUGCCACCGCCCCUAGCGGCCGCUAUUGGCCGUGAAAUAAGAAAAUGUUUAACUCCUGAAUCCAAGUCCAAAUCGCCUGAGUAAAGACCACGCAGUGCACGCUGGCCGUGUAUACCUUUUUUUUUCGAUCCUUGCCGCGUCAAGACGUCACAUAGGAUUUGUGCAAACAGUAUUUGCACUCUAUACACUCAAAUCUUCCUCGAAUAUAUAUACAUGUACACAUAUAAAUCAGCGUUUCACUCGUAUGCCUUGGGAUUAACACAACCACCGGUUGAGUCGGAAGCCACGUGUUUUUGAGAGCUAUACCGAGCCUACUAAGUAUUUAUUUCACGAUAUAUCACACUCUGCCCCAGUUCUGGCAGCGGAUAGUUUGGCCCAUUUCGUAACAAGUCAUUCUAACGUUCAAUAAUAUCUAGUGAUAUCUCGUAA